UAAUAGUCACAUUUAUAUGUUUACAGAUGUAAUUGGAGAAGUAACCGGCAUUGGUGAUAUCGUAGAUAAAUCAACAACCAACACCCCAAACUGGUUUUUGCCACUUGAAAUUGAAGAUACGAACAAUAACACAUUAAAAUGCGCAUUAUGGGGAAAAUAUGCUCAACAUAUGGUUUCCUAUAAACAAAAUGAAAGUCAUAAUGGACGCAUUAUCGUUGUUAUUCAAUUUGCUCAAAUCAAGGUUUUCAAAGGUGAAGUAUCAAUUUCAAAUUCGCUUUCUGCAACUAAAAUACUGGUCAAUGAAGACAUACCCGAAAUGAAUGAAUUCAGGAAAAGUAUUGUGGAUGGGGAUUGUCAAUCAUCAAGACUAACUCACUUGUCAAGUCAAAGUUCACAUUCCAUAUCUGAUGAGUUCUUAGUAUUGUCCGAACGUAUACGGUUAGAUGAGAUAUGCAAAAAAAAUGAGGAAUGUUAUUGCGUGGUACUUGCGUACAUUAUUUCUAUAGAAAAUGAAACCAAAUGGUAUUAUAAUUCAUGUAAACUUUGUAACAAGAAAGUUGACUAUGAAGGAGGUGGAACAUUUUGGUGCUCAAAGUGUGAUUCACAUGUUAAAUCUGCACCACCAAGGUACAAGGUCACUGUAACAGUGGAAGAUGACAAUGGAUUUGCAACCUUUAUCAUUUUUGAUCGAGAGAUUUUUCAAAUACUUCAAAUAUCAGCAGUGGAUUUAAAGAAUAAGUCGCACAAGGAUGAUAAAAGUGAAUCAAUUCCCGAAGAACUCAAUAUGCUCUUAAAUAAGAGAUUUUUGUUUAAAAUUCAAAUUUCUAAGUACAAUCUUGAACAAAACUGGGAAAAAUACACUGUGCUUAAAAUUAGUGACGAUGAGCAAUUGAUCAACCAAUUUAUGGAUGUCAAUCCUAAUGUGGAGGAACAUGAUGUGGAGGUUGUAUCUUCAAAUGAAUCAAUUAAAACUCCACCGGAGAAGGAAACUGACCUUUCCUCAAGUAUAGUUAUAGAUGAAGCCUCAGAAGGAAACUUUAUUACUCCAUCAAAAAGACCUAUUGAGGAUGCAAUAACUUGUGGGAUCGAUGAAGGAACAAGUUCGGCGCAACACUCCACCAACAAAAGGAAGGCUGUGAUAAAAAUUGAAAAGGAAGACAAAGGCAACAAAGAGUAGAAGAUUAUUAAGCCGUAUUAUUAAUGGGGCUAAACUAAACAGUGUUUACCUCGAUCGUUGUUUUGACAACAUUGAUUUUUUUUAACAUAUAGUUUGGAUUUUAAGAGUUUUUAUUUAUUUAUUGUCAAUUUUGA